AUGAGAGACUAUAACAACAAUGAUCAUCCUUAUGAUGAUGUUUCAUCGCCUAAAGAAGCAACCAAAUCGAUUCGUAAAGUUUCGAUGUUGCCACUCGUUUUCUUGAUAUUCUACGAAGUCUCAGGAGGUCCUUUUGGUGCUGAAGGUAGUGUGAAUGCAGCAGGACCAUUCUUAGCUCUUUUAGGGUUUAUUAUCUUCCCUUUCAUUUGGUGUAUCCCCGAGGCGCUAAUCACCGCAGAAAUGAGCACAAUGUUUCCAAUCAAUGGAGGUUUUGUUGUUUGGGUCUCUUCUGCUUUAGGACCCUUUUGGGGUUUUCAAGUUGGUUGGAUGAAAUGGCUUUGCGGUGUUAUCGAUAACGCUUUGUAUCCCGUUCUUUUCCUUGAUUAUUUGAAAUCCGCUAUCCCGGCUUUAGCUAACGGUUUGCCUAGAGUUGCAUCCAUCUUGGUGUUGACUCUAUUGCUUACUUACUUGAAUUACAGAGGACUAACCAUUGUUGGCUGGACCGCGGUUUUUAUGGGAGUUUUCUCGAUGCUUCCGUUCGCUGUAAUGAGUCUAAUUUCGAUUCCUCAGCUCGAGCCUUCGAGGUGGCUUGUGAUGGAUAUAGGGAAUGUGGAUUGGAACUUGUAUCUAAACACUCUUUUCUGGAACUUAAACUAUUGGGAUUCGGUUAGCACACUAACCGGUGAAGUCUCAAACCCAAAACACACACUUCCAAAGGCGUUGUGUUACGCUGUGAUCUUCGUUGCGCUUUCGAACUUCCUCCCUCUUUUGUCGGGAACCGGGGCUAUACCGUUGAACCGUGAGCUAUGGACUGAUGGUUAUUUAGCCGAAGUUGCGCGAAUCAUCGGUGGAGGAUGGUUAAGAUUGUGGGUUCAAGUAGCUGCAGCUACAUCAAACAUGGGAAUGUUUAUAGCUGAAAUGAGUAGUGAUUCAUUUCAGCUUCUUGGAAUGGCUGAACUCGGUAUGCUUCCCGAGAUCUUUGCGAAACGAUCGGUUUACGGAACACCAUUAAUCGGGAUUCUGUUUUCGGCUUCGGGUGUUUUACUCUUGUCUGGAUUAAGCUUCCAAGAGAUUGUAGCUGCACAGAAUCUUCUUUACUGUGGUGGAAUGAUUUUGGAGUUUAUAGCUUUUGUUAGAAUGAGAAUGAUACAUCCGGAUGCGUCGAGACCGUACAAGAUUCCUGUUGGAACCAUUGGUUCGAUACUGAUCUGUGUUCCUCCGACCAUACUGAUAUGUUUCGUCGUUGUGCUCUCUACUCUUAAAGUGGCUAUAGUGAGCUUUGUGAUGAUGAUCUUUGGUUUCUUGAUGAAACCUUGUUUGAAUUACAUUGAUCGAAAGAAAUGGGUCAAAUUCUCAGUCAGUUCUGAUCUGCAAGAAUCUCUCAUACGUUAA